AUGAGGAGGAGGCAAGUGCUCGAUGUCCUUACAUGUGUAUGAUAUCCAUACGCAGAGUCACGGGCGGCGUGCAACGAGCGAAAGCGGGCUGGAGACGAGCAGGAAGCAGAGACGCAGAGACGCAGCGGAGGGAUGGCCAACCACUUCCCGCUCGAAUCCCUUCCGCGUUCGUCUGGGACUGCCACGGCUGUUGCGUGAUGUGAUGUGAUACGAUGUGAUGUGUGCUCGUCCUCUCUUCGUCUCCGUGUGUGUGCGACCGACACGACCGACACGACACACCCCGACCGACCGAGUGCGUGGCCCGUCCGUCUGUCCGUCCGCGUUUCUGGCUGUCUGUCCGCUUGCUGCUGCUGCUGCUGUGGCCGCAGCCCAACCAAGCAGGAGGGGCAGGGUGGGAAGCAGAGCGAGCAAGCAGCGGUCAGAAAGCAAGCAGAGCGAGAAAACAGCAGCAACAGCAACAGCCAGCAAAAGGAGCGGCAAAGCAGCAGCAGCCAACAAGCGGAGCGGGAAGGCAGCAGCAGCAGCAGCAGCAGCAGCAGCAGCCACUGACCAACCGAGCAAUCAACCGGCAGAAGCCAUCGACCAGAGCAGGAAGCAAAGAGCGUACGAGCACUCUGGAGUAGAUACGGUUUCUGUCCACUCCGCCUGCUGCCCGUCCGCAAGAAGCACUGGCGGAUGAAGCUUCCUCAUCACAAUCAUCGUCGUCAUGAUCACCAUCAUCCCCAUCCUCCUCAUCACCAUCUCGUCUUCUCGGUGGGCAUCAUGAAAUUCGACUGACUGGCCGCUAGCCGCU